UUCAAUUCAACUUCAAAAGUCGAGCGGAAAAGUUCAUCGCGCGAAAAAGCGGAAAAGCGAAAAACCAGAGAUCCUUGCUCGAGUGAAAAAGUAUUACUAUUCGUGCUAUCAAGAAGUCUCGAAGGCGUGUCAUUUCAUUGAUAAUUGAUAACGUACAUAGCUAUAGACAAAAAUCGGGUUUCGUUUUCAUAUGCUAAUUAGCCCGUUUUUCAUUAGCAUUUCUAAACCCUCGCUGAUUGCGUUUUAGUUUCGUUACACGGCAACAAUUGCAAAACAAUUUUGGUGUCACGUACAGAUAAACAAACGCAAAGUUCAACGGCAUUCAUUCGAGUAAAAAUAAGCCAGCAGAACAGAGAAACUAAUUAUUUUGUUUAUUUGGCACAUUAAUUGCCCGCAAACAAGUCGCGUGUGAACGAACCAAACAGAAUUACGAACCGCUAGCCGUUCAUAACAAUAUAGUGGAUAUAGCCCGAGAUUCCGCAGAUCGGCCACAAAAUGAACGACCGUGAAUUGGGCUGUGCAGGCGGACAGUUUAUGGAUCGCGGGCGGAUGAACCAGAAUGGAGUUGUCCAGCCCCUGCUCACUGAUCUGUACCAAAUAACGAUGGCCUAUGCCUAUUGGAAAUCCGAUAAAACCGAUGAUACGGCGGUAUUCGAUCUGUUCUUUCGCAACAAUCCAUUCCACGGGGAAUUCACGAUUUUCGCCGGGCUCGAGGAGUGCCUCAAAUUCCUGGAUAGCUUCCACUAUUCCCAGAGCGAUAUCGAAUACCUGAAGCAAACACUGCCCGAGGGCAUUGAGCACGAGUUUUUUGAGUACCUCGGCAAUCUGACGGCGCGGGAUGUCACCUUGUAUGCCAUUGAUGAGGGCACAGUAGCAUUUCCACGAGUACCCAUCAUAAAGAUCGAGGGACCUUUGAUCAUAGUCCAGCUGCUGGAAACGACACUUCUCACCUUGGUAAAUUAUGCCAGUUUGAUGGCCACCAAUGCAGCCCGUUAUCGCAUGGUAGCUGGUAAACAUGUCAAACUAUUGGAAUUUGGACUGCGUCGUGCCCAGGGACCAGAUGGAGGUCUAUCCGCAUCGAAAUACUCCUACACAGGCGGUUUUGAUGGCACCUCCAACGUGCUGGCUGGAAAACUCUUCAACAUACCCGUGAAGGGAACCCAUGCCCAUGCCUAUAUCACUAGUUUUAGUAGCAUUGGAGAGCUGAAGACCCGUCUGAUUAAGCACAAGCAAACAGGCAUCCUGGAAGAUUUAUUGGAGCACGCUAUCAGGCACCGGGCAUUGCUGUCCCAUCUGCUGGACGUUUCUACAGAGGAAUCCAGUGAGGGAGAACUGGCAGCGAUGGUGUCCUAUGCCAUCGCAUUCCCCGAUGGAUUCAUGGCACUUGUCGAUACGUACGAUGUUAAGAGCCGAGAAACAGAACAAGCCAACACAGAACCAAAGCUUAUCAAUGAUAUCAAGUCUGAGAACAGUCCGCCAAAGCCAAAGCCAAAGUCAAAGACAAGCCCCUCGAGCAAUGGCCAUCAAAAUGGUCAGGGUAUUGGCCACGUUAACGGCCACAAGACCAAUGGUCAUCAGAAUGGCGUUGCUCUGCAUAAUGGCAGUAGAUCGCCAAAAGAUACAGAUAUACAAGAUACUAAUCCCAGCACAACAACUACGAAAACAACUGCAACAGCAACAGGAACCUUAAAGACAACCACAGUGUCCAAUGGGACGGCAUACCUACCAAAAUAUGUCGAGAAGUCAUUCAGGAGUGGUCUGCUGAAUUUCAGUGCCGUGGCUUUGGCCCUCAACGAUCUGGGCUACCAUGCGCUGGGCAUUCGAAUCGAUUCCGGGGAUCUGGCCUAUCUUUCCUGCCUGGCACGCGAGACCUUCGAGAAGGUGGCGGAGCGAUUCAAGGUGCCAUGGUUCAACAAGCUGACCAUUGUGGCAUCCAACGACAUCAAUGAGGACACCAUUCUCAGCCUGAACGAGCAGGGGCACAAGAUCGAUUGCUUUGGCAUUGGCACGCAUUUGGUUACCUGCCAACGGCAGCCGGCACUGGGAUGUGUGUACAAGCUCGUGGAGAUCAACGGCCAGCCGCGGAUCAAACUCAGCCAGGAUGUGGAGAAGGUGACAAUGCCGGGCAACAAGAAUGCCUAUCGGCUGUAUAGCGCCGAUGGUCACGCCCUCAUCGAUCUGCUGCAGAAGGUGUCGGAGCCGCCGCCAGCGGUGGGACAGAAGGUUCUGUGCCGGCAUCCUUUCCAGGAGUCGAAGCGCGCCUACGUGAUACCCUCGCAUGUAGAGUCGCUCUACAAGGUGUACUGGAAGUCGGGCAAGAUCUGCCAGCAGCUGCCCACCUUGGAGCAGGUGCGCGAGAAGGUGCAAAUCUCCCUGAAGACGCUGCGCAAUGAUCACAAGCGCACGCUCAACCCAACGCCCUACAAGGUGGCUGUCAGCGAUAAUCUCUACAACUUCAUUCACGAUCUGUGGCUUCAGAAUGCUCCCAUUGGCGAGCUAUCAUGAUCUAUAUAAGGAGAUUGUGGCAAAGGAGCGCUGAAACAUUUCCGAGAAAUUUACUUAUUUUUGGUUUACUAUUUUUGUUGGCCUCGAUCGUUCGGUCGUGGUGGAUUAUUUUUAGUCAAUUGCUGGUCAUAUGCAUUGUAGAGCUGGAACUCGUUCCGUCACACGAAGAUUUCCCCCUGACUAUGAAGCACAAACUCCCACGCAAUAUUGCGAGUGAAUUUCAAUUCAUUGUGUAGUCAAUAGUUUUAACGUGUUUAUCUAAUAUUUACUACUUUACAAAACGCACAUCAUAUUCAGGAAUGUGUCAUGUGCCUUAAACGAGAAGCGGAAGCAGAAGCGGAAAAAGAAUCAGGAUGCACAGGAAUCACACACCCAAAUCGAGUUACUAAGAUCAACCAAAUAUCGGAGCGGAAUAAAUAUGUCUUUAAUAUUUUUCUAGUACUUAAGUGUUGAAAUGUUGCGAACGAACGAUGAAAGUUAGAAGUACAAAUGCUUUUUAGGACAUUUGCACGCUGUAGGGCACACAUCAAGCACACAACUAUAUCUACUUAUAUAUAACUUUACAUACUGCGAUUAUGUAUUUAACUAAAUUCAAUUGUAUAUAUGUUCAACUGGAUAAUUGUAAGCCAACUAAGCAAUACAGACACACCCAAAACACACCGCCAUCUCUAAAUGACCGCUUCUUAAAUAUGUUUGCCUGUAGUUUUGAUUAAAAAUAAAAAGUAAAGCAAAGCCGCAAAGAAAA